CGUGGAGUUUGUUGAGUCCCGAGGAAUCCCACCACCAGAAAUUUCUACAUUCAUUCCCGAUUCCAAAAAAAGAGAGCAUUUUACGUAGAUACACACAUUCAGACAUGGCCACGCGCCAGCCCACCCUCCUCCUCAAGAACCUCUCCCGUCACUCCCGCCGCUGCCUCCUCAACUCAGCACCUUCCUCCAUCGCCGCCGCCGCCGUCCCCCCAUCCGGAAACCCCGCCGUCAUCGCCGACCCAAAAACCGCCACCGCCACCGCGCCUGGAAAGGCCCUGCUCAACUUGGAUGACGCGAAGGAGCUUUUCUCCUCUGUUUCAACGACAAAAUUGUUGAAAUCGUCUGUUACGCUCCACAUGACGGCGGUGGAGCCGUUGGUGGAUGUGGGCCUCUGGGUAAUGAAGUCCAGACUCAUGGGAGUUCCUCUGUUACGGGAGAGCAUCCUGGGGAUAGUCAAACUCCUGUUUUACGACCAUUUCUGCGGGGGUAAAGAUCUGCAGGAAGUGGGUCGGACUGUCUCCAAGUUAUCCGAGUCGGGUCUUAAGGCAAUGUUGGAUUAUGGGUUGGAGCAUGCCACAGAUAACAGUUCUUGCGAUAUCAGUUUGAAAGAGAUUCUUCAAACUGCUGACUCGGUCAACUCACUCCCUUCUUCUUCUGUGAGUUUUAUUGUUGUGAAGAUAACUGCAAUUUGCCCCAAGAGAUUGAUUAAAAGGGUAAGUGAUUUGCUAAGGUGGGAGUUCAAGAACCCUUCUUUCCAUCUCCCAUGGAAGCAAAAAACACUUCCGAUAUUCUGUGAAUCAAGCCCUCUUUAUCACACAACAGAGGAACCAGAGCCUCUAAGCAGGGAGGAAGAGCAUGAUCUGGAACUGUGCCAUCAGAGACUGCAGAGAAUUUGUGAGAAGUGCUUGGAGGUAGACGUUCCGUUAUUCAUUGAUGCAGAGGAUACAGUGUUGCAGCCAGCUAUUGAUUAUAUGGCUUACACAGCAGCUGUUUCAUACCAUAGAGAGGACAACCCUUUAGUUUUCGGAACAGUUCAGGCCUAUCUGAAAGACGCAAAAGAGAGGCUGGUGAGAACAAAGAAGGCUGCAGACAAAAUGGGGAUUCCUAUGGGGUUCAAACUGGUGAGAGGGGCUUACAUGUCAAGUGAAAGACAGGUAGCUUCUUCUCUAGGUGUCGAGUCUCCAAUCCAUAACACCAUUCACCAAACUCACACCUGCUUUAACGAUUGCAUGUCUUUCAUGCUCGAUGAGAUAGCGAAUGGCUCUGGAGCAGUUGUUCUGGCAACUCAUAAUGUUGAAUCAGGGAAAAUGGCUGCAACCAAGGUAACAGAUUUGGGGAUGAGAAAGGACAGUUUGAAGGUCCAGUUUGGUCAGCUAUAUGGAAUGUCAGAUGCUCUUUCAUAUAGCUUAAGAAAUGCAGGUUUUCAAGUUAGCAAGUACUUGCCUUUCGGUCCCGUAGAUGAAAUAAUGCCUUAUCUUAUGAGAAGGGGAGAAGAAAACAGAGGUGUAUUAUCUGCUUCAUCCCUUGAUAGACAACUCAUGAGGAAUGAGGUAAAAAGAAGACUACUCUCAACCAUUCUUUAGUCCCAAAGACAAAAUUUGAAGAUG